AUGGGGACAUCAAUUCGAGAACUCCACAAACUCUUGACAUCGAAGCUUCCUGAACCUCGGCGCGACGCACGUCCGAUUGAGCCUGGCAAGAUGGAGUCUGAACUCCAAUCCCAGAUCCCUGGCCUCGACCACAUCAUCACUGAAUACUCAGUGGGUUACCUAACCCAUGCCGCAAACCUCUACGUCGACGAUGCCUGUGCCGAGUCUCCCUUGACAGAGGCUGCCGAAUCCGUGACCGAGCUCCUAGUCUCCGCUUCGGGAGAUUUCUCCCCGCAAAACUACGAAGCGAUCGGCAACUUGGUUACGAGGUUCAUCACCACGCUGAGCUCCUCCGAUGGCGAUCCGGAGCGGAGGCAAAUGCCCUUCAAGGCCAAGAAACUUGAACAGACCAUCAAUGUCGGCGCACAGCGGAACAUGUCUUCUACACUGGGUCUGACUGGAAACACAGUCGACUUGGAAUCCGCCAAUGCCAGAAAGAUGGAGUCCAAGGUAGACAAGAAGAAGCUCGAGAAGGCAGAGCGUAAGAUUCGCGCCAAGCAGGACAAGAAGUCGAUGAAGAACGUUACCUACGAGGCUUCCCGUCUGCUCAACCAGCCUGAUGAGGCCAUGUCCUACGAGGAGUUCUUUAUGGCUGUCAACCCUCUUCAAAUGGGCUCGGACUCCCAGGCAAAGAGUAAGGACAUUAAGUUGGAUAACAUCGAUAUCUCGAUUAGUGGGCUGCGCAUUCUGACAGAUGCUGCUUUCACACUCGCUUAUGGUCGUCGUUACGGUCUUGUUGGUCAGAACGGUAUCGGUAAAUCUACACUUUUGCGUGCUCUGAGUCGCAGAGAAAUCCCGAUUCCGACUCACGUUUCUAUCCUUCACGUUGAGCAAGAGAUUACUGGUGACGAUACACCAGCUUUGCAAGCAGUGUUGGAUGCCGAUGUGUGGCGGAAACAUCUUCUUUCAGAGCAAGCGAAAAUCUCGAAACAACUGGCGGCCAUCGAAGAAGAAAGAUCCUCAUUGGCGGAUACUUCGAAGGAUGCUGCUAGACUCGACGAGCAACGAGAGGGCCUGGAUAUCACACUGAGCGAUAUUUAUGGAAAGCUUUCAGAAAUGGAGUCUGAUAAGGCCGAAUCCCGUGCGGCCAGUAUCUUGGCUGGUCUUGGUUUCUCCCAAGAACGCCAGCAGUACGCCACCAAGACCUUCUCCGGAGGUUGGAGAAUGCGCUUGUCUCUUGCACGAGCUCUAUUCUGCGAGCCAGAUUUGCUUUUACUUGACGAACCGUCUAACAUGUUGGAUGUUCCGUCAAUUACUUUCCUUUCCAAUUACCUUCAGGGAUACCCUAGCACAGUCCUUGUGGUUUCUCACGAUCGUGCAUUCUUGAACGAAGUCGCCACGGAUAUUAUCCACCAGCACUCUGAAAGGUUGGACUACUACAGAGGUGCUAACUUCGAAUCCUUUUAUGCAACCAAGGAGGAGCGCCGAAAGACUGCUAAGCGCGAAUACGAGAAGCAAAUGGGUGAGAGAGCACACUUGCAAGCAUUCAUUGAUAAGUUCCGAUACAACGCCGCGAAGUCCUCCGAGGCACAGUCGAGAAUCAAGAAGCUUGAGCGUAUGCCUGUUCUUGAACCCCCAGAGGCGGAGUACACCGUGCACUUUGCAUUCCCUGGAGUCGAGAAGCUUUCACCACCCAUUGUCCAGAUGUCCGAUGUUUGCUUCGGCUACACCAAGGACAGGCCUCUUCUCAGGGAUGUCGAUCUGGAUGUUCAACUUGAUUCGCGUAUUGGAAUUGUCGGACCUAACGGUGCUGGUAAGACCACAGUUCUGAAACUACUCACCAACCAGCUUGAGCCAACAAGCGGUCUCAUCUCCACAAACUCAAGACUGCGCAUUGGGUUCUUUGCCCAACAUCACGUCGAUGCUUUGGACAUGACUACCAGUGCAGUCGGCUUCAUGACCAAGACAUACCCUGGUAAAACUGACGAAGAGUACCGACGACACCUGGGAGCGUUUGGUAUCACUGGUACAACCGGUCUCCAACGCAUGGGACUGCUGUCCGGAGGUCAGAAAUCUCGUGUCGCAUUUGCUUGCUUGUCCUUGACGAAUCCUCAUAUCCUUGUUCUUGACGAACCUUCCAAUCACUUGGAUAUCGAGGGUAUGGAUGCCCUGUCGGAUGCACUCCGGGCGUUCGAGGGAGGUGUGGUGAUGGUUUCCCACGAUGUGACCAUGUUGCAGAAUGUCUGCACCAGUCUCUGGGUUUGUGACGGCGGUACUGUUCACAAGUUCGACGGCACCGUCAACGCCUACAAGAAGAAGAUCACCGCACAGGCUGAUGCUGCGGGUGUUGUAGCUAAACACUAA